AUGCCACAACCAAUUCAAGAAUUGGAUCCUGAUUUCUACAUUUCAUACAAUUAUCCAAUUGACGAAAAGACAAAAAAGGUAAACUCACAAACCGAAAAGGCUUUGUAUACAUUUGUCGAGUAUCUAUAUGACAAAGGGUUUGCAGCAGCCAUCAGACCAGGUGAUCCCUCGCACUUGUUGAUCUUUAUCAAAUUAUCGCCUUACAAAUUCAUCGAAGAGGCUGAGAAAGACUUGAUCAAAAAUUAUGAGUUUGGUGUCACCGCAAAAGAUGAUGAAUUGAGCUCAAGAUUUAGAAUUAUUUAUCAAUACUUGACUAGCAACAAGAAGCUUGGAGGGUGUGGAAUUGUACCAGGACAAGCGCCUUACCAGGAAGUUGUCAAUAUUGUUCCUAUCACUAGUGCUUUUGAUGAGAGUAGAAUUGUUGAAGAUUUGAAAGACACUUUCACCAGGCCUGAAUUGUCAGCCAACCAAAUCAAGAGAACAUAUGGUGUGCAAAUUGCUCUCUAUUUUGAAUUUUACAAGUAUUAUAUUUAUUGGCUAUUUGGUUUGUCAAUAUUGGGUGUAUUCCAGUACUUUAAAAAGUCAGGAGCUUAUUCAUUGGGCUAUACUUUUAUCAAUUUACUUUGGGGUACUUUCUUCUUGGCAUUUUGGCACAGAAAGCAACAAUACUUGGUUAAUUUAUGGGGAGUUCAGAAUUCCCACCUUGUUGAGGAACACAGUUUGGAAUUGGCCGAAAUUAAUGAAAGAUUUGAGCCUCAAUCAAACUACUUACACAAGAAUAAUACGGAAGGAUUGAGAUUCGUUAAACAACUAUUUUUUAUUCCCAUUGCUUUGGGAUUUGCUGUUGUUUUAAUCAGUUACCAAUUGGGCUGUUUUUUUAUUGAAAUCUUCUUGACUGAUCUCUAUGAUGGACCAGGAAAGUCAUAUUUGACCUUGUUGCCUACAAUUUUGAUCUCUGUAUUUGUCCCAAUCUUGACCAUUGUAUACAACCUUGUCACAAGUGCUGUAAUCAAAUUGGAAGGACAUGAUACUCAAAUCAGUGAAAACCAAUCAGUUUUGAUCAAGACAUACGUUUUAAACUUUUUGACUAGUUAUGCACCAUUGCUUAUUACUUCAUUUUUGUACUUACCGUUUGCUCAUUUGGUCGGCCCUCACUUAGGUGAUAUUCAAACCACAAUUUCAACUUAUGUUGGUGAAAAUAGGUUCUAUGCUAAAUAUUUAACCAAAUUAAAGUCCCAGAAGGAAUUUAAGAUUAACCAAGGUAGAUUGAAUGCACAAUUCUUUUACUUUAUCGUCACCAACCAAAUCUUGCAAGCGUUUUUGAAAUAUGUAUUACCAUUGUUAAUCACAAAAGCAGUCAAGUUAUACCAAACUAAAAUUCAACAGAAGCCACAAUUACAAACUAGUGCCGAUGACCCAUAUGAGGCUCGCUGGUUACAAAAUGUCAGAAUUUCUUUAGAUUUACCUGAAUACGUUGUUGAUGACGAUUUUAGAAGUGUGGUGUUGCAAUACGGUUAUUUGAUAUUGUUUGGACCUGUGUGGCCAUUGGCACCUUUGGUAUCAUUGAUCUUUGCUGUCAUUUUCUUCAAAUUAGAUCACUUUAAACUAUUCAAUGGAAACUACUUCAAACCACCAGUUCCAAAGAGAGUCGACUCUAUUCAUCCGUGGAACUGGGCUUUGUUUUUGUUAACUUGGUUAGGAUCAAUUGUAUCACCAGUGGUUACUGCAUUUUACCGUCACGGCACUGCUCCCCCAAAGACAAUGGGUCAAUUUGCAUUGGAUAAUGCUAGUGUUAACAUUUCAUCGUCAGCCAAGUUAGUUUUAUUAAUGCUAUUCACCGAACAUGCAUUCUUAUUCUUGAGUUAUAUUUUGUACAAUUUGAGUGAAUUGUUCAAGAGCGACGUUGAAUGGGAAAACGACUUUGUUGACAAUGAUAUCAAAUUGAGACACGAUCAUUAUUCUAAACAUGUCAAACCCACAAUUAAGGUGGCAAAUGUACCAGCAUGGAAUGAUUUCACUGUCGAGUCAACUUUGGAAUUCACUCCACCCAGCGCAGUUGAGCCUGUCGCCGAUGUAGCUGCAGAGAAAAUUCCUUCAAAGAAACAAGGCUACGCCACCUCGACUCAAGCAGCUGAGACUAGCGUUCACUCUCGCUCAGAGCAAGCACGUUUAAUUGCAGAAAAGGAAAGACUCUUGAGAGAAAGACAAGCGGAAUUGGCUAAGUUAGAAAAGAGAAAAUUGGAAGAUCCUAGUGCUACUGCAUCGGCUGCGGAGUAUGACAAAUUAAAAAAAGACAAGGAAGCAAAUGACUCUAUCAUUGAAGCCAAAUCAGGUCCAAAUAGCAAAACACACUACAGUACCAUUGAUGACAAUACACAUGUUGGUGAUGGCAACACUGAAAAGGAUGCUAACACUGACGACACUACACAUACCAAUGAGUUACUUCAAGGUUCCUCACAGAUCCCACCCGCUCCUAAUGACAAAUCUGCAACAGUUGAUACAAACAAGUACACAACUCACUCUAAAAAUGCCGCAAAAGCAGGUGCUCGUGCUCCUGGGGGAGCUGGUCUUGCAACUGCUGCCGCUGCUCCUUCUACGAAAGAGGAGAAGGAGAAAGAGCGUCAACAACAAUUUGAUACUGAUCCUGUACCAGCAAAGGAAAACAAAUCAGGAAUCAAAAAUAGCAGCGCACCUGCUACAGAACAGAGAAAAGCCCUAGCAGCUGGAGACGACAAAUACAACGGCAAUGCGGACAAUCAAGUUGAGAAAGAAAAGUCUUCCAGUAAGAGAUCCAACCAAGACUCAAAAUCUUCAAAAUCUCAAGGCGGAGAGAAACUGAAUGUUGUAGAUGAUGAAGAAGGUUCAAGCAAGGCUUCGGAAACUGAUUCACAGAAGGAGCCCAAACGUAAAAGAUCCGGGUUGAAAAAGUUGUUGAACAAGAUAUAA